UUAGCUCGUUCGAGAACGAGAAUUUCUGUUUGCAGAAUCUAAUGAAAAAAUAAAAUCUAGCGAUUUUAAGUGUCAUUGAAGUGAAAGUGAAAUAGUGAAAAUUUUGUGAUAAGUAGUCAAAGCCAGAGUAUUCCAUUAUGCCUAGAAUAACGUGUUUGGUGAUUAUAACGACUAUCACACACUUUUGUGUAUCUAAGGAUUUGCCAUCCACCUUUCAACGAUGCCAACGGGAAGAAUCCGAUUUCGACAGUUGCCUCAUGGAGGCCAUCAAUGGCGCCAUCCCGCAGCUAACGAACGGAAUGUCCGAGUUUGGAAUACUACCGAUCGAUCCACUGCUGGUGAAUUCGCUGACCAUCGAACAAGGCACAUCUUCCCCGAUCAAUCUGAAACAGGACUUCAAGAACGUUAAACUGAAGAGACUGAGCCAAUCGAAGGUCACUAGCAUUAAAACAGACUUGAAAAAAUUCAGCAUCAAAGCGGAGGCCAUCACACCUUACAUGGAGUUUAUCGGCGAUUAUGUGAUGACCGGGCGUGUGUUGCUCCUUCCGGUUACCGGUAAGGGCUUUUCAAACAUAACUCUUCAAGGGUUGACGACGAAGCAUGAACUCAUCGGCGAGCCGGUUAAGAAAAAGGACCAAACGUACAUGCGCAUCAAGAAGUACAUCGUGAAAUUCGAGGAUCCGAAACUGGUGACGGUUAAAUUCGAGAACCUCUUCAAUGGGGACAAAGCCCUGGGGGACGCAAUGAACAAGGUCAUGAACGACAACUGGCUAUUGAUGUUCAACGAGCUUCGGGGAGCCUACGAAGAUACGUUCGGAUAUAUCUUCAGAGAUAUAAGCAAUAAAAUUUUCCUAAAGGUUCCAAUGAAUAAAAUAUUUUUAGAAAAUUACUUGAACGUGUUUUAUUAG